AUGGAUUCAAAGGCUCCUCCUCAAGCAGGUGUUUUCUCUGGGCUCAACCCAACGGCCGUCAACCUAGCAAACCCAAUCACUCUGUUUAUCAUUCAAGCUGUUAUCAUUCUGGUCUUUUGUAGAAUCUUAGCAGUUCCAUUAGCUUAUUUAAAACAGCCAAGAGUCAUUGCAGAGGUCAUUGCUGGUAUCGUGUUGGGCCCAUCAGUGAUGGGUCGAAUACCCCAUUUCAAGGAUACCAUAUUUCCAAGUCAAUCACUACCAUUUCUCAACUUGAUCGCUACAUUGGGUCUUGUCUUCUUCUUGUUUCAAGUAGGCCUUGAAGUGGAUUUGCGUAUAGUGAAACGAGAUUGGAAGCAGAGUGUGUCUAUCGCAGUCGCAGGUAUGGCUCUGCCGUUUGGGUUGGGCGCUGCUGUCAGUGUUGGGCUGUACAAGUUGCAAAAUGAAAGCAACAUUCCCUUCUCUAGCUUCUUGCUGUUUUUGGGUGUUGCGAUGGCUAUUACGGCAUUCCCUGUGUUGGCUCGUAUUUUGGCAGAACUCAAACUGCUGCGUACUCGAGUGGGUGUCAUUACCAUGUCGGCUGGCCUAUUGAAUGAUUGCGUUGCUUGGGUACUGCUUGCUCUUGUGGUGGCCUUGCUGAAUUCCUCGGGUGGAUUGGAAGCACUGUAUGUGUUCCUGACCACUGCUGCUUUUGCAUUGUUCUUGAUCAUCUUUAUUGCUCCUCUGUACCGUCAGCUGGCCAUUAAAACGGGCUCUUUUGAACACGGUCCAUCGCCAUUCUUGAUGGCUGUCACCUUGUUAUUGGUGUUGAUCUCUGCAUUUGUCACUGAUAUAAUUGGCGUGCAUCCAAUCUUUGGUGGGUUCCUUGCUGGCGUCAUUAUACCACAUGACCAUGAUCUCGCCAUCAAGAUUACCGAGAAGAUUGAGGAUAUCGUGAACAUUGUGUUUCUACCCCUGUACUUUACAUUGUCAGGACUCAAGACACAGAUCGGCCUGCUCAACACAGGCGAAGUCUGGGGCUAUGUUAUCCUGGUCAUCUUUUUAGCCUGCUUUGGCAAGAUUGUUGGAUGUGCGAUUGCCGCAAGAGUAACUGGAUUGACUACACGUGAGUCGUUGACGAUUGGCUUCUUGAUGAGCUGCAAAGGUCUAGUUGAACUGAUUGUGCUGAACAUUGGACAUGAUGCAGGCGUACUGAAUGAUCAGAUAUUCGUGAUUAUGGUUGUCAUGGCAUUGGUGACUACGUUCAUGACAACACCAACCGUAAUGUGGUUGUACCCCGAAUGGUAUCAAAAGCUAUCCGCAGAGCGAUUUGCCAACCCAGAGUUUGAGCAAGACAGUGCAGACAUCGACAAAAAGGACCCCAGUGUGCUUGGCACUUCCAAAUUCGAGCCAGAUCAGUAUUUUUCUUUGGUGACCAUGCUGAAUCGUAUCGAUACAGUGCCUUCCAUGAUGGCACUGAUUCGUCUCCUGAAACAAGAUCCACUCACUCCUGAACACUACAACAAAAGUCGACUUGACAUUCACGCUCUUCGUUUGCUCGAAUUGACGCAACGCGCGUCUGACAUCAUGAAGAUCCAGGACAUACGUGAAACGCAAAAGCAAGACCCCGUGCUCAAUGUGUUGAGAGCCUUUACUAGUUUGAUUGGUAUUGAGUCAUUGCAAACUCGACUGGACUUCCGUACGCCAUCAGAAUACAUUAGCGCUGUGUCAGAUUACAGUGAAUCCGUGUCGGCUGAUAUGAUCUUGCUUCCUUGGGUUAGCAACAACCAUGUUCCAGUGCAACCACAACAAACACCUCAACAAGAAGUGAAUCCCAUGGACCAACGCACUGCUGCAGACUGGAAGUCGUACCCAGUCUCUGACGCUGAUUUUGCUACCAGUGCUUAUUCCAUGACACACUCCACUGUGGGGCUGUUUAUUGAUCGUGGGUUUGGACAUGUUCAGGAUGGAAAUCCAAGAUCACAGAGAAACUUCCAAAUCAUUGUGCCCAUCACACAUGGCGGUGCUGAUGACCGUGCUGCCCUGAUAUUCGCGCUUCGUCUUCAUGCCAAAGCGGAUGUUCUUGUUCUCAAGUCAACACUUGAUGACUCUUCCACGACCUAUGCUACAAAGGAAUCCAUCCAACACACACUAAAUACAGCCAGCGCAUUGCACACAUCAGAUGACAGCUUGAUCCAAGGCUUAUUCACCUCCUCCGUUGUCUCGAGCGUUGUAUUCCGAUCUGUCAAACAGUCUGCCAAUGUCUCUGAAUACAGCACUUUGUUGGAUAGCUUGGAGACACCUCUUGAUAAGCACGACUUGGUUGUCUUGGGAAGAUCUAUAUUCGCUAGCAAUGCUGCCAGUCUACCUGCUUAUACACCUACUCCAUUGGAGGGCAGCUCUUCCUCUAGCUCUCCUUACAGCAGAGGAUUCAAAUCUGCGCUUGGUAAUACAGCCUACCAAAUCUUGUCUGCUGGCACAUUGGCCAGUCUUGUUGUGAUCCAGGCACCCGCAAGCGAUGCUUUGCAUCCUACUGAAGUUUAA